GUAUUUCUAAUACAAAUAUUCUUAAGAGAAUAUUGUAUUAAUAUUUUACACGAUGGGUAGAGCAAUUGAUCUGGUUUCUUCUGCUCAUCAAUGGCUGAAGAAAAUAUUCAAGAUUUUUUUGAAACGUUUCUGUUCGGGGAAGAAAAAACGGUAUCGGUAUAGUUCGAGUUCUCUAUGGCGCAAAAUAGAGCGCAGAGGCAAAAUGCACGAAGUUUUUUUGCUAUAUACAAAUGGUACACUGGAUCUAAGCCAUUCUCGAGCUACUGCCACUGGUUUAACUGGUACACAAUCUAGGGUCUUGACACAAGACUCGAAUUCUGAAAAACUGUUGCGAAAUUUUGCUGUUAAGAACUGGAACUCGAUGACAUAUGCACAACGAAAACCGUUCAUUGACUUAGCUUUGGAAAAGCGAAAAUGGCUUAAAAGAAUUGAUGAACGGAACAUUCCAAUUAUAGAUUCACUUGAUCAACUUGAUACACCAAAGCAUGAUGUAUCUAACAUGGAAACAGAAACUAGACAUGAACCCGAACCCGAAUUCGAACCUGAACCUGAACCUGAACCUGAAGCUGAAUUACAACCUAAUUCAUCUAACAUUAGCACUGAAAUAAGCUGUCAGAGUCAAGUCAAACCUACACUAAUACCAGAUGUAUGUGUAACUUCAGGGGCAAACUCUCAGCAUGACAUGACCAGCCAUAAGGAAUCUGAUAAUGAAAUAUCGGGACAUCGCCCGAAACGUAAGAGCGGUAUUUACUGUAAGAAUUUGGAAGAAGCGAAUCAACUUGAUAUCCAAAAUCAAGAUGGCCCUAACAUUGUUACUAGGGCAAAUCGUAAGAAGACUAGGGAACCAAAAAAGCGUUUAAGAGCAAAUUUACGUCACCGUGAGAACAGUCGUUCUUUUAGUGAGAUGAAAGACGAAUCAUCAACUCGUAGCUUAAUUGGUAAAAGCAAUAAGAUUAAGAAGCAGUGCAUGAAGAAUCGUGACGUGUCCGAAGAAGUACAAAAGACUCCAAAAAAGAAGGAAAGCAAAAAAUUAGGUACGGUUUUCUUGAAAUGAUGGACACAACCGUAAAAGCACGUUACAUGGAAUAGCUCUAAUACAUUCUUUAAAGAAAAUACAUUAUAUAUUUAAUAAAUCAUCUACUUUUGUAGUCAUUUAUCAAAUAAAAUAGAUGAAUGUAUUACGAAAAUCCCAAAUAUAUAAAUUAUGUUUUAUGCAAUAAAUAUUGUGAUAAAUUAUAUCAUUUGGAGAAACUGUGUAAUGAAACUUCCAUUUUUGUAAUAAAAGGACGAACUUUCGGCUAAUUUUUAAAUAACCGGACAUACGUAAUGAUUA